AGGACCGGUGCGCGUUACGCACACUUCCAGCCCCAGCUCCGGACGGGACUCCCACGCUGCUGCUGUCUCUCCUCCAAACUUCUUCGCCUCUUCCCACAACUUUUCACAACUUGUCAGAUCUCUGCAAAGGUCCGAGACAUCACAGCUGACUGCAUGGCUACAUGAAAGUUUCAUGGACUUGGAACUUGGAAAACUUUUAGCGGCGCUUUAUUGGAGCUCGUCGCCUCUAUAGUUACUGUGGAUUACUGACAUAACGCAGGACCUUUGGCAGCUAUUUAUUGGGGUGUAUCACCGUGUCUUCUGCAGAGGUCUGAGCCGAGAUGGGGAGCAAAGCCCUGCACGCUCCGAUCCCCCUGCACCCGGCCCUCCAGCUCACAAACUACUCCUUCCUGCAGGCCGUCAACACUUUCCCCGCGGACCAGCUGCAGGGACUGUAUGGCCUCAGCGCUGUGCAAACCAUGCACAUGAACCACUGGACUCUUGGUUACCCGCACAUCCAAGGACUGAGGUCGACGAUCACAGAGAUGGCAGCCGCCCAGGGUCUGAUGGACCCCAGGAUUCCCUUCCCAGGGUUACCCUUCACAACCGCAGCGCAGCUCUUCCAUCCAAAACAAGCCGCCGUUGCGCACGGCAUCCCCUCGCUGCACAAGGACAGGCCGAGGUUUGACUUCGCCAACCUGGCCCUCGCUGCCACUCAGGAGGACCCGCCGAAAGCCGCGGAUCUGGUGAAAUUGGCGUCGGGACUAGGGGGAACCAUCUCCGAGCUGAGCAAGCUAUCCCCGGACAGAAAGCCCACCCGGGGGGGGCCCCCACCAAAAAAAAAAAAAAAAAUUUAUCGCCGGAAUUAAACCCCCCCCCCAAGGACCCACACAGACGAACGGCCAUAUACCUGUGAUAUUUGCCACAAGGCCUUUAGAAGGCAAGACCAUCUCAGAGACCACAGAUACAUCCACUCCAAGGAAAAACCAUUCAAAUGUCAAGAAUGUGGGAAGGGAUUCUGUCAGUCUCGAACUCUAGCCGUCCAUAAAACCUUACAUAUGCAGGAAUCUCCCCACAAAUGCCCCACAUGCGGAAGAACCUUUAAUCAAAGAAGUAACCUGAAAACUCACCUUCUCACCCAUACAGACAUCAAGCCCUACAGCUGUGGCCGCUGCGGAAAGGUGUUUCGGCGCAACUGUGACUUGCGACGGCACAGUUUGACGCACAGCCCACAUCAGGACUACUAGCCUGGACAGACUAACAAAAUAACAAUGGACAAAACGCAGGAAGACAAGCCACCGACUGUUUGUUGUUCAAAGACAAUCUCCAAAUCAGGACACGUUUUAUACCGCCGCACAUUUUAGAGUGGGAUUUGGUUGCAUCUCAAAUGGGACAGCAGCGGAGCCAUGGCCAUGUCCAGCUUUCACACCACCUGUAAAUAUCAAGACCAUGUACAUAAUGUUGCUUUUUUUAUUUUAUUUUUUUCCGAUCUUGAAAUGAUAAAGUUGUCAACAAGCAGUCAUAAGUUUAAAGUAUGUUAAAUUGUAUUUUAGAAAUAAAUACUUCCAUGAUA